GCCAUUAUCCAGACGAGAUUGCAGCAUCUAAUCUCAGAGUUGGGCUCACUUUCCGAACAAAAUUCCAAGCUGACUCGUGAUCGUGACAAGGAACUUCGCGCAGCCAAGCGUGCUGUGCUCACAUUAAAGGCACAAGAAGAUGCCGUUAAGUUUGUCCGACUUAACCAUGCCGAUAUCAAAGGGAAGUUGGAUGAUUUAGCUUUAGGCCAGGACACUAGCCUGCUAGCACGUCGGCAGAAACUUCACAAGGAAGUGCUUCAUUUAACGCAAGCACUGGGCAAAGAAAAUCAGUUGGGCGAAUCGGAGCAGGUCAACCUAAUGAAAGUGACGCAGGAUGAAAAGAGGCGAAUGCUGGAGCUCAGUGAUCUACGCAUCGAAACUGUUGAAUUAAAUCGGCUCGCCCUUAUAAAAGUGGACGAAAGAGAAAUGAAGGCGAGAGAUAUGAGAACAGCAGAAAAGCGCAUUACACGAAUCUUAGAAGAUAUUCGGUCCAGAGACAUCGCAAUAGAAGAACACUCAAAAAAACUUCAUGGUCUUCAGGUUCAACUUCAGGAUUUUGCUCAAAUGUAUGAGCAAAUAAAAUCUGAACGCAAUAAGUGCAUCCAUCUCAUUCAGGCGGCCCACCAAAAUAGCGUAGAGUUGCGUGAGAAACUUCGUAUAUUCGAAAAUGAAAUUGAAAUACUUUUAGCCAGCUUAUCAAACAGAGAGCAUCUGGUAGCUAAACAGAGGAACAAACAAGCAAUUGAAACAAUGCAGCGUGAUUCGCUGAGACAGGAAACUUCCAAACAGGUAAAUUUUUAA